AUGGAAUAUGACAUAAACGAAAAACACGCCAAUUGCCUGGCGACGGGGUUGCCGCCUUAUGGACAAGCAUCAUCGAACGGAGCCCCGCUGCUGUUGAGCAGAAGUUAUUAUGCCUUUCCUAUUUCCAACAGUGUGGUGUCCCCCGCCUUGAGAUCCUUAUCAGUUUCCGGAAGCUACCGGAGACCGCAGAACAGAUGGUCUGCGUGCUUCUGUGGUCGCUACAUUCCUCUCUUCAAAACAACAACGCACCUCUUUGACAGGGGGACAGAUCAAAAGAGAAAUGCUGUGCGUCUAUGGGGUAUCUCAAAUUGGCUCGUCGGCAGUAACGCGGCACCUGUCCGAUUGCCUUGGCCCUGCAUGAUUAGACUACAUUCGUCGAAACCCUAUCAAGGCGAGGGCCAAGGAGACCGGAAAAAAGUCGUUAUGACACACAGUUUCCCCCUGCGGACCACCGAUAAAGUCUCACAUCUAAGCACCGCUUUUGUUCUGUCGAGUAGCAAACAAAGGGGGGGAGGACAAACAGAAGACCGUGGUGAAGUUUCACCUGUACUGUUAGACAAUGAGCGCAUCCCACCGUUGUGUGAAACCGGUCCCUGUCCCGGUGGCCGUGGAGAACAACCCAGCGCCGAGAAGAUGUACUUGAUGAAGGACCGUCUUGGUCACGUUUUCGGUGACAUUAUGAAACUGAAGUUGGCGAAUUCUUCUCGCCCUCUCGGGAGACACAGAAUGCCCAACUCGCGAUCGAACGAGGUGAACGGGACUUCCGAAACGUCAGUGAGGGUGCGCCCUAAAACGGAGAGAAAAAAGAAGAUUGUUUUGACGACGAGUAUUCUUGGUCACUGUACACCCGUGCUCAACCAAGCCCCUAGAGAAGAUGCCCUGGCCCUCUCCGACCAGCUGGUUGCCCGCCUGGUCGCAAACGAGGUGAUCAAAACUACUGUGACAAACGCCCGAAGCAGGAUUGCGAAGCGGUCUCAAGGAGGAAUGGAUACACGGGAAAAACUUGUUUCCUGCUCAGGUGCUCAAUGCCUCCAGAAAACGCUCGCAAACGGAACUUGCGCCAUCAACCAGCGAACGAAUGAAGAAAUGCGUCGCGAUUACUUUUCCCGUCGCAGAGUGCAUUCUCGUCCAAACUUUCAAGAACAUGGGAAAAACCACUGGUCAGUGACGGUUCGGAUGGGAUCCCGAGCCGCGGUCGGACAUCAGCGUAGCGAGGUCCAUGAUUACCCCAUAAAAGCAGUCACUUCUCCAGUCGCAUUCACUCACCGGAUGCCCGUUCGAGAGAGGGCCACAACUGUAUACCUGGAGAGUGAAGAGCUUGAAAAUUUACCGCAGACCGAGACAGCGGCGCCAUCAGCGAGACGACUGGAAGCCUCGUGCAGCUGCGAAUGCCAUGUGUUACCUCGUCCGUAUCGAGAUGGCAUGCACACAGGACAGUGUGCACAGGUGGAAAGAGGAGACUGUGGAUUGCUAAUGAACACUGAACGGAAGACCUCUUCAGAGGCGGGGUCGGAAGAAGGUAGUUGGAGAGGCGGAUUGGUGUCAGCGGAUGGUCAAGAUAUCCUGGACGUAUGGCCUAAAGAGAGAGAUCCAGCUUUGGAGAAGGGGCUGUCGGUAGAGAGCAGGAAAGAACACGAUGAAACGUGCUUAGAAAACAGAGAGCAACUGGACAGCGAUGAGAGUCUUCGCGAGUCUCGGAGCACACUGCAAUAUUCCCAUCAGUUCGGGAUCCCGACAUCAUAUCUUGUUGAAGAAUUGCGAACACUGAACCGUCUGGCGAGCUUCCUCACGGCCUACAGAGCCAUCCACGGGAGGUUAGAAAGGAGGACGCCACCACUGGUGUUGGCUUCGAAGGAGGCUAAGUCUGUCGUGGUAAGACUGAUCAACGGUGACACGUGGUGUCAUUCAUGUAAUCGACCAGCCAGAAAGUUUAAUUCCCAUCGUGCAAGUGCCAGGAAUCAGUGGACGAAGAGGAAAGACCUCUAUCACAGAACUGACGGUAACUUCACGCUGCUUGCAGCCCGACAAGAGGGGCCACCAGACUCGAGAGCACGGCUACACUGCCAGACAGUAACAACCUGUUUUCCUGGGACGGCGAGGGCUUCUGCUUGGAUCGUAACACCGUUUCCAGGAAUAAAUACGAGAGUCCCAUCUGUCGCUCCCCGUGCACCAGAUGGUGCAGAAACUUCUGCGGUAAUCACUGCACAGCCCGAUGGAGAUAAGUCCUGUCCGCCGGUCCAAGACUCCAGGAAGAAGCAACGUAUUAAAAGCCCUGCACUAUCACCGUUUCCAGAGCCGAACCGUUUUCAGCCUGUGCGAAGAUCGAAUAGUGUGGAGGUUUCCGUGGCAGGAGCUCGACGCCCGACCUCCGAGUGGACAGCAGAAUUCAGCCGCGAGGUGGAAUCCGGCGCGACUCAGGCCGAAAACCAACUUCAUAGAUCGACGGAGAACAUCAGCAGAAAGGAACAGGACCACGUUGAGUCGGUCGCGAGUCUGCUUGAGGGAUCUUCGCUGGAAACAAGUUCAAGCGAAAUAAAUUUGUCGAGAGUGACCCACCGGCUGACUGCGUUGUCAAAAGAGGAACUGCUGUCUCCCCAUUGUAAAGCGGUGCCUAAGGACGGCAGCGGAGCUCCUGGAACGGUCAGGUUAAAUGUGUCUGGGGCGACCACUGCAGAAACAGACGGGCAGAUGCCUACCGGUAACGUGCCGGAAAGCACUCUUGUGCGUCACCGUCCUGCUUCAGUUUCCCACAUCCACAGUUUCGACGAGGCACGGACACUGGGUCCGGACCCACAGUCUUUCAUAAAUGCAAACCGUGGCCACCUGACACCAGCGGUACUAAGGAAAGGGGAGAUUCGGUAUGCCCACGAAGUGUUUUUCUCGUCUGAGUGGCCUUCUUCCACAGUCGACGCACUCGAUUUCGUGAAUCUGGCUUCGACAUCGACCCGAGCAGCAGGUAUGAAAUCAAGGGCGCCAACCCGUGGAGCUGAAUUUCCGCCCCCGCUGCCAGGCAACUCCGCCGCCACUCGUUCUGUUAGGGGACCGCAAUCACGGGCUGAAGCGCCUGGAUCAACUCGAAGUCGCGGGGCAGCCGUGACGCGAGACUUCCCCAGGGCGAGAGGACCUCCACAGCGUUCGGGCUCGGAUUUCGCUUUGAACAACCUGUGGCCAUGUCCUGGUCGUCUGCCGCAUUCUUACCGGGGCGACACGGUGCCUCGUACAUACUCACCGCAGAGGGGUGUUCCGGGCAAUAUCCUCUGCGAAGAUCGGUGUCGACUCUCCAUAAGCGGACGGGAUACGCUCGACAGCGACUCGAGCAGGCACUCCACGGGAGGCACGGGGUCGCGCGACAGCCAACACAGGAGACGGCUGUGUUCCUUAUCUGCGCGUUCCCUGUUUGAUAGUCACCCGAUAGGCAACGGAAAGCUUUCUUUACAUGGCCGCUCAUCGGUCUCGGAAACGGCAUCGUUAGUGGCUGGGGGCACCGCAAGACCAGAGUCCUCUGGAAAAAACUCCGUUGGAGUUGGUUCUUGCACUGAGCUCGGCACACUUGAUAACCGGACACUGGACAUCAGAUAUGGGCUGAGAGAACCUCCUCGGAGACACUUGCGCACUACAGGCACUGAACGGCGACAGAGUGUUUUCGAGAGACUCUACAGUUUGCGCAAAAAACCUUUGAUUGGAGCAGGACUCUCCCCGCAAAUGCUUCGAGCGGAUAGUCGAGUAGGUGGUGCUGGGAAGCAAAGGUUCAGCUCUGUGUCGUAUCGAAAGAGGGGUUCGCGCCCGCGUCUCAGGCGGGACUCCCACACAGACCAACUCCACCGAUAUCCGACACCAUGUAGGUAG